GGCGGAGCGGGGAGCGGCACGAGCGGCACCCGCGGCGGCGGCCCGGCAGCAUGGGCUGGAGCUGACAGCGCCCGCCCCGCAGACGCCGAGCGCUGCCGGCGGCGAAGGGAAAAGUUGCCGCGUCCGCCCGGGGAAAACUUUCUGCCGCCGACGCGGGGAGGAGGCGGAGGCGAGGAGGAGGAGGAGGCGGCGGCGGCGGCGAGAGCCGUCCGGUGCGGUGCGGUCCCUGCGCGGCGGCGGGGCGCGCUGCGCCGCUGGUGAGGCGGCGCGGGGGCCAUGCCCGCCGCUAGCCUGCUGCCGCUCUUCGGUAGCGCGGCGGGGCCGGGGGCGCUGGGCGGCCCCGCGGGCGGCGGGGCGGGCGGCGGUGGCAGGAAGGCGGCGGGCCCCGGCGCGUUCCGGCUGACGGAGAAGUUCGUGCUGCUGCUGGUGUUCAGCGCCUUCAUCACCCUCUGCUUCGGGGCCAUCUUCUUCCUGCCCGACUCCUCCAAGCUCCUUAGCGGCGUCUUCUUCCACUCGGCCGCCCUGCAGCCGCCGCCGCCGCCGCCCGGCGGGCAGCCCCGCGCCCCACCGCAGCCCGGGGGCGGCCCGGCGGCGGCGGCCGCGGGCGGGGCGGGCAGCCUGGAGCGGAUCCGCGCCGACCACGAGCGGGCUCUGCGGGAGGCUAAGGAGACGCUGCAGAAGCUGCCCGAGGAGAUCCGCAGGGACAUCCGCCAGGACAAGGAGAAACUUCUGCAGGACGCCCGCGGCAGGAAGGAGGCGGGCGCCCCUGGGUUGCCCCAGCGCCUCUUCCGCCAGCCCGUCGGUGCUGUGGGGCAGGAGCCCGCCGACCCCGCCGUCCGGCAGAGGAGGGACAAAAUCAAAGAGAUGAUGAAACAUGCCUGGGAUAAUUAUAAGCGUUACGCAUGGGGAUUAAAUGAACUGAAACCCAUAUCUAAGCAAGGACAUUCAAGCAAUUUAUUUGGUAACAUUCAAGGAGCAACAAUAGUGGAUGCCCUUGAUACACUAUACAUCAUGGAAAUGAAAGAGGAAUUCAAGGAAGCCAAGGAGUGGGUUGAAAAAAACUUAGAUUUCAAUGUGAACGCUGAAAUUUCAGUAUUUGAAGUGAACAUCCGUUUUGUCGGUGGACUCCUUUCAGCUUACUAUCUUUCAGGAGAAGAGGUUUUCCGAAAAAAGGCAGUGGAGCUUGGAGAGAAAUUACUACCUGCUUUCAACACUCCCACUGGGAUACCUUGGGCAUUGCUUAAUAUUAAGAGUGGAAUCGGUCGAAAUUGGCCAUGGGCCUCUGGCGGCAGCAGCAUUUUGGCAGAAUUUGGGACUUUGCAUCUGGAGUUCGUACACUUGAGCCACCUGUCUGGAAACCCUGUCUUUGCUGAAAAGGUAAUGAAUAUUCGAAAAGUUCUAAAUCGACUGGAUAAACCAGAGGGCCUUUACCCCAACUAUCUGAAUCCUAGCAGCGGCCAAUGGGGCCAGCAUCACGUCUCCAUUGGAGGGCUUGGGGAUAGCUUUUAUGAAUAUUUGCUCAAGGCAUGGCUGAUGUCGGACAAGACAGAUGAAGAAGGCAAGAAAAUGUAUUAUGAAGCUGUUCAGGCCAUAGAGACCCACCUCAUUCGCAAAUCAAGCGGGGGGCUGACAUACAUCGCUGAGUGGAAGGGCGGGCUGCUCGAACACAAGAUGGGGCAUCUCACUUGUUUUGCUGGAGGCAUGUUUGGUCUUGGAGCAGACGGGGCACCGAACGACAAGACGGGCCAUCACAUCGAGCUUGGUGCUGAAAUCGCUAGGACGUGCCACGAAUCCUACGAUCGUACGAGCAUGAAACUGGGACCAGAAGCCUUCAGAUUUGAUGGUGGUGUUGAGGCCAUCGCAACAAGACAAAAUGAAAAAUACUACAUCCUACGACCGGAAGUCAUAGAGACCUACAUGUACAUGUGGCGGCUCACUCACGACCCAAAGUACAGGCAGUGGGGAUGGGAAGCUGUAGAGGCACUGGAAAAACAUUGCCGAGUAGAUGGUGGCUAUUCUGGCAUUAGAGAUGUUUAUAACAAUCAUGAAAGCCAUGAUGAUGUGCAGCAAAGUUUCUUCCUUUCAGAGACACUCAAGUACUUGUAUUUGCUGUUUUCUGAAGAUGACCUUCUUCCAUUCGAACACUGGGUCUUCAACACAGAGGCGCAUCCUCUCCCUGUUCUUCACAAAGAUGAUGGGAAUAAAGAAGAAAACCAGAAAUAGAUGAAGAUUAAGUUAUACUUGUUUCAUUCCUUCUGUUUCUUUCCAGAACUUGGGCACAUGAUUUGGUUUUAAGUUCCUGAGUUAAAUUUUUAAAUCAAGUGUUUUGCAGUCUGUUUUCUUUAACAGUAAAUAUUUAUGAAUGGAGCCCAACUGAUUAUGAUAAAACUUCCUUCCUCUUAUCCAGCUGAACCACUUCUUUGAAAAGAAAUAGGACAUGUCCCCAGAUUUUGUUAGGCUGCAGUGUCAUCUUGGCCAAAAAGAGCAACGGGUCUGCAUGUUACUUGUUUCCUGUUAUACUUUUAAUUUGACUGCAAAAUUCUUUUCUCCUCUGUGAGGAGAUGUCUGCUUUAAGCUGUAAUAUUUUGCCAUGUUGCAAAAAGCCAUAUUGAAUUAAGUAUAAAGAGCUUUUUUUCUUCUUUUUGUUCUAUGUUAAUUUGUUUUGUGUGUCAUCCAAGACAAAUCUUGUGACUGUGACAGCCUCUUCUUAUGCGGGUCUAUCAUUACUUGGUAAAGUAUCUGAUGUCUUUCAUUGUCAAUGAAGUCUACAUAGGAAUAUUUUCAUCUCAUGCAAACACAACUCUGAAACUGCAGUAUACGUUGAAGUUAGUCUAAACUUAGUUUUUAUGAAUUUAGCACAUUAGUUAGCAGACCUUAGUUUUUCAGGUUUUGAUUAGACUAUUGUAAUAGAAUAGAAUAAACUGUUUCCUCCCUUUUCUAAGUGGUGUUAUUCUCAUUUCUUUAGUCAGGCUAAUACAGAGUAAAAGAAGAUAGUCAUUUCAUAUUAAGAAAGGGAGUCUUACCUUCUUUAUGUAUUUAGUCCAGUAGCUUUCAUUUGGUUGGAUGGUAAGAAGACAAAAAAAAUACUCGAUGACAUUUUCCUGGAAGCUGAGAAUUAUAUCAGAGCCAAUUUGUUUGGUUUCCUGGGACUUUCUCAAACAUUCAGAUAGGUUCAGACUUGACACCAGACUUGAUAGUUUCUUGUCACAAAGCAAUUUGAUGUGUCUACAUGAAUAAAAUUAGAUGUUCAGAUGCCUUGAAGAAAACUUGUCUCCUUAAAAAGAGGAUAAUCAUUCAGAAAGGAAAUUAUCCAGUGUAGAACUAAAUCUCUGAAAGCACCAAGUCUGUCUUCUCUAAAUCACAGAAAUGCAGCGUGCUUAAAAUUAUUCCCUAGAUUAGAGGCCUGGUUUACUAAGAAAGGUAACAGCUUUGCCAAAAAUGUUUUACUUUGUAGCAUCACCAAAGGGAAAAAAAUUAGGCACAAUUAAUUCCUGUUUCUACUUAAGUGUAGUUUGGAGUGGUUUACAUGAUUACUAAGUCUACCUAUGUUUUCAUUUCAUGACAGGAUGAUUUUCGUAUAUUUUGAGUAGGGUGUAACACCUGGCUUCCCGUUCAGAGAAAGCACAUUAUUCACUGAUUUGACUGCAGCAAAACAAAUAUGGUUCCGAACAGUAAUCUUCUUUAAAGGUAUUUAGUCGGAUAGCUCACAUGUCCAGCAGAGCUAAUCACAGCUGAGGAAGCACAUUUGUUUAGGCAUCACAGAUUACAUUUUUUUCUCUACUGAUAGAGGUCUGCAAUGUAGUUUUUCUUAGGUAGGAGCCAAGAGCAAAGAUAACGGAUUGCAUUUUUAUACAUAGCAGCUGGAGGGUGACCCAUAAACCCGACCCUCUGGAGUCUGUAACAGACGGCACUGCCUCUCUGCUUCCCCUCCAGACAGAAGAUGGCAUGUGCCACAUGAGCUGCCAAAGACAUUUUUGUAGGGGGCAAGACAAGAGGAUCUUCAGGGAUGCUGAUCCUUCCAUCGCAGGCCUGGCAGAGCCGAGCAUUCAUACACGGAAGUUAAUAGGGGUACCCUACUGCGCCUGGGCAACCCAGAGCUGGGAGAACAGGUACAAAUGUAAGUGCAUCUGCCUCAGAUAAAGCCUGCUUACAUGGAAACAGCACAUUGAGUCAAAACUUUUUGCUUUACCGUGUUGUGGUUUGUUUUUUUUUUAAUUAACAACAUUAUUUUCUUUUUUAAAGUAUGGAUUCCCUCAUGUCAUGGUAACAGUUUUCUGCAACUGAACGAGCAAGGAUGAAGUCUUGGCUCUCCUCUAUUGAAAAGCAGAGCUGCUGCUUACUUCGGUACUCCAGCAUGUAUAUUGUUGGAGGAUUAUAAUAUUUCAUUGUACUUCUUCAGAAACAGUAAUUAUAAGGGAGCUUCCCCCCCCCCGGCCAAGUACCACAGAGAAUUUAUAGCUGUGGAAUAAAAACAAAAAGUUUCUUCCCUCUUUAAUCAAAAAGUAAUAAUAAUUACUUUUGUCGUAGUUGUUUUUAUUCGGUCAUCUGCUGCUGCCUACCACGUGGUUGUGCAUGUGCUGCUAUAGGCCUCACAUCAGUUAGUUAAUUAACUACAAUAGCUCAAACAAAAGCAGUCUUUGAGAAAUGCAUUUUGUAAGCCUUUUUUUACAUGGAUUUCUUAACCACAGUAUGCUUCCCCCAAGUGUGUCUGCUGACCUUGCCUUUAUUUAACAAGCUGAAGAGCAAUAGUGGAGAACAAAUAGCUCUUCUCCAUGUUUCAAAACACAGGCUACAAACACACAACUCUUGUACGCGUUGGGUCCUACGUACUUAAAUAUAAGCCUCAUGACUGUUUCCUUGUAAUACAAGCAUUUAGUAUGAAUAUUUUUAUUUUUUUUUAGUUUGGGAGUUACAAUUAUUUGAAAGAGCACAAAUUUGAUGUGUCUGGUAUUGGUAUUCAGGUUGUAUGUACAAACUGCACUAUACUGUACUUUUUGUAAACUAAUGUAAGUAGACGAGAAGAUUGUACAACGUGUAGAUCUGACAACUGUAAGAAAAAACCUUUUCAUAAACUGAGAAUAUAUUGAUGUUUCUUCCUUUUUUUUUUUUUUUUUUU